CGCAGCUACAUGUAGGCCUAGCUACACUUUGUGGAAAUGGGCAACAUUUCUGUAGUAUCGAUGUUUAGUCGUUCAUUUCGAUACUGGGACAUUGGUCUUUUUUCACGAGCGAUUAGCAGCGUAGAUUUACGAGGGAUUUUGUCGUGGCGCAUGCCGGAUAUUAUGACAGCCAGAUCUCUCAACCGAUCCAACUUAUGAGGGGUGUUUUAAGGAGGAUCCAUCUAGGAGGGAGUUUGUCGUCGCUGGUGGAAACCAUGAUUUCAACGACGUCAACCCCAGACUCUGUAAGGCGCUGUGCAAGUCCAUGGACUACGCGUACGCUGCUCUACAGGGGGGCUUCAUGUGUCUCUGCGGGGAGACCACUGGUGCCCACAGCAACGGGUCACAGUAUGGCUGUAACCUGCGAUGCGCCGGUAACCCAACUGACUUGUGCGGGGGGCUGGACUACAGCAGCGUGUACAGCACAGCGACGUCAGUAAAAGGCAUCACCAUAGUUGAUCCAGGGUACAUUGAAGUUUUCCAAGCGACAGUCAUAGACACAACGCUAGAAGCUGGAUCUGAGAACGCUGUGUACAGGUUUGACUUUGGAGACUCCACCGGCAUUGCAAACAACACCCCUGGUCCUCAGCCCCACGUGUUCUCCGAAGUUGGGGUGUACCUUGUCAAAGCGUGGGUAAAGAAUGAUGCAUCGGGACCUAUUGAAGCGCGGAGGGAAGUCUAUGUGGAGGCUCCUGUAUCGGAUCUCCAGAUGGUGUGUCACCCCUUUGUUGAGGUAAGUUUCCCAUUUGAGUGCACAGGCAGUGCCGGACAGGGCAGCAACAUGGAGGUCAGCUGGAAUUUCAAUGAUAACUCGGACAAGGUUGGAAUGAAAGUUGGAGAUGCUCAGAGGUUCUCAGUCGGCUUGCCAAUCCCCAGGCGGCUAGUCUCUUUUCAGCCACCCUUAAAUCUCCAAGGUGUGUUCCUGAUUCCUGCUCUGGAGUUCAGAGAAGAGGCUAAGCUGGAGGCCUGGGAGGUCUUUGCUGUGAAAGAGGGUCAAGUCAAAUUGCAGGUUUACCGGCCACUGUGUGGAGAAAAUGAGAAGUACUGUGCCCAGAAUAGAAGUUGUAUUAGCAAGUACCAUCCCUGUCCACCGUACACAGAGUCACCUUGCCUGAACAAAACAGCAUUCUGCCUGGAAGCCGGGACAUGCCAGCCUUUUCAAACCACUUACAAUUUUGCAGAAACCAACUCUACCAUUACCUUAGCAGCGUGCGAGAACCAGACCCAGGUGACUGUUGAUGCUAACAAAACUGAAACUAAUGGAAGCAACUCCUCUGAUGUUCUUCCUCAGAUGUGCAACUUCUCUGUGCCUUAUGUGAGAGUACCAGAGCACACUUACGGCUCCUGCUCUUACCUGGAUGUGCAACGCAAAAUGAAAUUGUCAUACCGUGUAAUUGGGCAGACCAUUGUCUACUUAAAAGAAGGAUACAAUGUAUUUAUUAUCAACGCAUCCGAUCGCUAUGCAGUCAGGCCCCAUGACUGGGUUGGGUUUGGACCAUACCAGAAGAAGUUCCCUGACUACUACCCAAAGGCAGCCUACCCGCUCAUCGGAGAGAUCGCCCACUAUCCAACAGAUAAUGAAACGGUCUUCUUUAAGGAGCAAGAGCUGCUGUCCACGAAGAGGGAGGUUGAAGCGGGUGGUGUGGAGAAGUUGGACAUGGCGUUCUACAUCAGGGCUCACAUCUCCAAGCCCACAGCGUCCUGGGUCUCUCACAGCUUCAGCAGCUCGGGAAUGUUUGAGAUCAAUGCCCGAUACAACAACCUGCUGGGCAGGGAGGUUGAAGCCCCUCCCCAGUGGAUCGCAUCUCAAUACCGCAUCCUGUCCAUCCGGGGGCUCCACUUCACGCGGGAUCUCGGCAUCUACUAUGCCUGUACUGAUGCCUCAUACACUAUGCACGUGGAGAUUACCCAAGGCACCUAUGUGCGAUUCAAGUGGACCUUCCCGGAUGCAUCGUUCAACACCAGCCUUCCCUUCCUGACCAACAGCAUCCAGGACGGACCAAAUGUCAAAACGGUUGACACCCAGAGCUACCUUUUUGCUGAAAUUGGCAACUACACAACCCAUGUCAGGGCCUAUAAUAACGUAAGCUUUGUGGACAUUGACCUGUCCACAAUAGCUAGAUACAGAAUCACGGGAUUGAAUGGGACAGUUGAGCUCUACCCUAGAGACAACACCACAAAAGACUGGAACCUGAUUCUUGCAGGCUGCUGGUUCAACUAUAGCUCCUUCAUAUUGACAGGCAACGUGGUACAGUAUCGGUGGUCCCAUGGUGAUGGUACCAUUUCGGGCGGCUGGAGUUUCAACACCAUUCACGACCACUACUACACCGAUCCAGGCGUUUAUUCAGUCCACAUCGAGGCUGACAACAUUGCCAGCACGCUAGACCAUACCUUCCAGGUGACUGCUGUCAAACCUAAUUACGUCUGGGCACCAGAGUAUGCGACCAGUGAGAUAGCCACCCUGUUCUUCUGUGAGGUCACCUGGCACUUGGGCCAUGGCCUGACAUUCAGCUGGGAUUUCGGUGAUGGUGCUUCAAUCAUCAUCAAAGACUCGGGCCACGUUUGGCACAACUACUCCACCUUCAACACCUAUCAAGUACAGUGCGUUGUCAGUAACUACCCUGCAGUGUCUGACACCAAAUCAAUCAUCGUGCAAGAUCCAGUGGAAGGUGUGGCUCUGCACAAUAAGACUGAGGUGCUAGCGACGGGUGACACCGUGGAAUUCACUGUCAGCUGGUCCAGGGGCAACGACGUCCACUUUGAGUGGUACUUCGGCGAUGGUGGAGAAGACUCAACAACCACACCCACAGUGCAGUAUGUCUACGCAGCAAUUGGCUACUACAAUGUCACUGUCAAUGUCUCCAACGUAGUGUCCUGGAUGAUGUCAGAGGCCAUCAUUAUUGAACUCCAAGAGCGUGUCACCAGUGUCCAAGUGACGGCCAGCAACAACCUCAUUCUCCAUCCCGUCAAGGCAAGUGUGACCAUCGGAGCUGGCAACAAAGUAUGGUAUGACUACAACUUUGGGGACUUGUUUAACGUCUCCGGCAGACCCAACACCAGCUAUUUUCACUCCUACAGUCUCCCAAAUACCUACACAAUCACAGUCCAAGCCUACAACAAUGUGAGCGAAGAGAUGGCAGUGACAACCAUUCAGAUUGACACCAGCAUUACUGGUACUGUCCUGUACCUCACAAGCCCACAUAUCCGAGCCCAUGUCUUGGAGGCAAUGUGUGUUGCCAACAAUGGCAGCAGUGUCACGAUGACAUUUGACUGGGGGGACGGUGCUGUCUCAGAACCAUUUGUUGGAAUCUAUGAUGGUAAAGGAUCGUACUAUACUGGAACCCACACCUAUGCAUCUGAGGGCACCUUCAACAUCACUUGCUACGUUGAGAACCCUUGGGCAGAUGCAGUUGGAUUCCAUGAAGUCAUUGUCCAGGAGGCAAUAGUGGGGCUCACAUUUGAACCUGAAGUCGCUGUUAAAGGUGAAAUCUUUGAGUUUAAGGUGGCACCAUUUGUUGGUGACAGUCGUGAUGUUCUAUUCUACUGGGAUUACGAUGAUGGCUUCCAAUUCACCACAGAUGCCUUCACCCAUCAGUAUGUUUACCGUGAUGCCGGGCUAUACAAGGUGACGGUGCGAGCUGAGAAUCUGGUCAGCCAGUUCUCCACCACCCAAGACCUCUACGUCCAAGAGCACGUGGAGGGACUGAGACUCCUCGUAGAGGUGCCUCCCGUGAUGCCCUCCCAGCCCUCCCUAAUUGCCUGGGACAUUGAGUAUGGGACAGAGGUGCUGUAUUCCGUCAAUAUGGGUGAUGGCACAGAGCCCCAGGUCUUUGAGCAGACCAACGUUGGCAAGAUGUGGUCCCUUGACUACACCUACAGUGAGCCAGGGUCCUAUCAAAUCAUUGUCAGAGCAUCCAACAAACUCAACUCACUCAAUGUAUCCACCGUUGCCCACGUCGAGUACCCCAUUGAGGGCCUUAGGGCCUACAUCCGUGGAAACAAGACCACCCACACUGAUCAGUCUGCCUACAUACUCAUUGAGAUUGAGCGUGGCACCAACGUGGAGUACACCUGUGACUACCAUGAUGGCUCCCCGCCCAUAACCACCACCAGGCAGUACUGCAAGCACAUGUUCAUUGAUUUGGGGCACCACCUGGUGACGGUCGAGGCAAGGAACCAUCUCAGCUACGACGUCGUCCAAGCCAACGACACCUACUAUGUGCUCCUGCCUCCGAUUCCGCACGAGAUCAAGGGGCUUGCAGUUGGUGCUCCGCUUGCCACCGUACGUGGCCAGAUAACAGUUUUUCAGUUACAGCGUUACCGAGGUAACCGCUUCAAUUGCACGUGGGAUUUCGGCGACAACACCACCAUCUUGGAUUUGGAUCAGUACUACGCUUACAUACCAAUAAACCACACCUAUGACCAUGUUGGAGAUUACACGAUACAACUGAACUGCACUAAUUUCUUCCAUCCUCCUGUCUACGCUUCUGCCAAGAUUGUCGUGCAGAUACCCCCAAAAGGUCUGAACUUGACCAGCAGGAAAGUCGGCCAAUUUGGCAAGGACCUAGAAGUUAACAUUAGCCUGGAGGCUGGAACGGAUGUUGAAUCAAAUAUCGAAUUCAACGGUAGGAUAUAUUCCAUUACCAUGCAGGGGUUAGCCGGCUCUGUGGCCAUACCUGGAGACCUGGUCAAUGUGUCAGGAUGGGUCGAUGUUAUCAUCACUGCGGAGAAUCUCGUCCCGCCACUGCUCACCAUGCGAGACAGGAUCUAUGUGGAGGCUGAAAUUACAGGCCUGGAGGUGUGGGCCCAGGAGCCAUAUGUAGCUGUAGGCCAACCUGUUACUUUGCAUGUGUCUCUGACGACAGGAACCAAUGUCAUCCUGGAGUGGCAUUUCGGAACCAAUUACGUUGUUACUUCACAUCUCAAUUCCACAAACACGAGUCUGUCUGACAGCAAGCAGCACCUCUAUCCAGCCCUGGGCCUCUAUGCUGCGUUCAUUGUUGCCACCAAUGUAAUCGGCACGAAGACGCACACACCUGUUCUCAUAGCUGUCCAAGAGAAGGUUCGAGGCUUCAGCAUGACAGUAGACACCCCAGUUGAGUACCCAGAUGGGAAGAUCACUUUCAGGGUUUUCUGGGACAGACGGGUCCAGAAACUCCCCACCAAUGCCAGCAUCACUUUCGACUCUGGUGAGCAGGUGCGUCCACCUUCCUCUGUCGAGCUUAAUAACCUCGAGAUCAUCACGUGGAUAAGGCAUGAUCUCACUGUUGGGAGCGACUGCAGUAACCCAGAGGAGAACGAAAUCAACCCUUUAUGCAAUGCUACUUUCACCAGCACCCACGUAACUGAUGCCAAGGUCAGAAUUUUUACCAUUGUUCAUGCCUACACUCCAGGAAGAUACUCGUCUGCCGUGUCAGUCCACAAUCUUGCCAGUGAAGAGGUUUUCCCAAGAGAGGUUCAGACUGAAGAACCCAUUGUCAACUGUAGCAUAACGGUCCACAACAUUGAUAGGCUCAGUGUGAAGUACGGAGCCAGAGAUGGCGGACUGGAAGAAAAUUAUUUCCCUGUGGAAUUCCCCAUCAGUUUCAAAGCCCAUCUGGGGCAAGGGACUGCCGUGAUGUACUUCUGGCGAUUUGGUGAUGGUGAGAUGUCAUCUGGCACAGAAACUGAGCACCAGUAUAAAAAUGCAGGAAGCUACGAGGUCCGGCUGAUCACCAUGAACAUCUUUGGCAGCAAGGAUGCCUUCAAGACAGUUCACAUGCAGGAGAGCGUGAUUGGGCUCUUUGCCGCCCAUUCAGGACCUGUGGCUUGGAACAGACCGAUCGCUGUCAUCAUAUUUGCCGCUCAACCUGGCACAGAAGCAACUUACGCUCUCCAGAUUGGCAAUCAGAGCACCGUCUACCUGCUAGACCCACCUGUCAAUGACGCUGUCGCUAUCACCUUGGCAUUGGAAAUCAUGAACCCCAGUAUAUUUCUCCCAUUCGAUCCCUUCACGCACUUCGUCACAACAUGCAACCUUACUUUCAAUGCCUCGGGAGACUAUGAGGUCAUGGUGACGGGUACCAAUUAUGCCUCUUCCCUCAGUAUUGCAGUGCUCCUCCCAGUCACUGAGGAUUCCUGCAGGUUGCCCGAGGUCCUCAUUCGAGGUGGAAGUAAGAAUGUCUCCGACCCCUGGCGAGUUAAGCGGAGCCACCUCAUAACCCUGGUCUCAGAGGUCACUCUGGACUGUUCAUCUACCAACAGAGCCCUCUUCCACUGGGAUGCUUACAUUCUGUCCUACUUUAAUAGCCGGCCACUUCCCGCAAACCAACUCUUCAGCUAUCCCUUACCAACCAGCAUCCAGACCACGGAGGCAGACCUCAUCAUCCCUCGUCGCACCUUGGACUAUAACACCUAUCUGGUCCAGUUGACCGUGACGAUGGAUGGCAAUUCCCGUGUCCGCAAUCAAAACCAGACCUACCUGGAGGUUGUGCCCUCGGACCUAGUCAUCAGCAUACAAGGCGGCAAUGCGGUAACUGUAAGCUGGAAUGACACAAUAUCAUUGGAUGCUUCAAUGUCCUUUGACCCGGAUGAACUUUACGAGUCUGAAAACUACACAGUUGGCAAUAUGUCCCGAAAUGAACCUAGCCCCUUGAUGUUUGUAUGGUACUGCAGGCUUCCAGAUGAGCUUUUCAGUUUUGAAGAGGAGUUUGUGGCUCCAAAUCCAAGUGCAUCUGGUUGCUUUGGUAAUGGCCCGGAUACCUAUAUUGCCAUGGGAACCACAAAAUAUAGUGUCUCAUUGGAGGAUCUCAUCAGGAGCAGUCAUUACAUCUUUGCAGUAAUCGGAAGCAAAGAAGGAAGGGCUUCGCGAUACUUCACCCAAACAGUUACGGUGGUGGAGGGAGAACUUUCCAAGCUCAAAAUAAGGUGCGUGCGUAACUGCGGCUCCAAGGUCAACCCCCAGAAGCAGCUGGCUCUAGCAGUGGUGUGUUCCAACUGCGGCAACAAGACCACUGACCUCGACUACAGGUGGAAUGUCACUGGUCUGGACGACAGUGGGUCCGGACAAGGCUUCCAAAUGAGCACAGACACAGUAACCGGUGGCAGUAGCCCAUACCUGGUCAUCAAGUCAUCCAUCUUCCUUCAACACCUGUCUGCCAGAUUCUUGGUGACCGUCGCUGUGCUUCAUGCACGGCACAGGAAUGCAGGACGCUCAGAAUAUCACUAUCCGAUAGGCAGUGUCCCCUCUCAAGGAACCUGUAGCAUUACUCCUCAGGAAGGCAGGGCACUGAGCACAGAAUUCAUCAUCACAUGCGCAGGUUUCGAUUCCGAAGAGAAACCCCUCCACUAUGAGUUCCUAUACAGCACCGGCAGUGAAGUCGCAGCCAGGGUGGUGGGAUCUGAAACAUCUGAUGAGACCUUCCACUUGCUGUACUACAGUCCCGAGGGGGUGACAGCACCCCUCACACUACCCAUGGGCAGGGCAAGCAGGUCCUACAUGGUGGACAUUCACGUGGAGGUGAUAGAUGGGCUAGGUGCUAGUGCGCACGCUCAGCUUCAAGUCAAAGUUUUACCACCACACGAGUCCGAGUUGGGAGCCGAGCUAGCUGCCCUCCAGCGAGGGAACACCACCAGCACCUUAGACCUGUACCUGGAGAGGGGCGACAUCCAGUCAGCUACCAAGGCCAUCAGCGCCCUCGCUGCCAUCCUCAACGAGCAGGAGGAGGAAGAACAGCUUGGAGGGGACGGUGACAGAGGGAACACCGGCGUGGACACAUGGCUGCAGCAGAAGAGUGAGAUACGAUCCAGACUAGUGGAGAAACUAAUGCAGGUUAGAGUGUUGAAUCUGGAUUCAACCAAGCAGACUUCAGCCGCUAUCACUCAAGCUAUAAGCGAGCCUGCCGAGGUCACACCCAAAACUCAGAUGCUAGCUGCUAAUUCGUAUUUGGAGAUGGUCAAUGUCUUGAAGGAAGAACGUCAAGAGGGGACAAGCAUUGACGUCAUUGAAGAUGCAUCCAGACACUUCUACUCAGGAGCAUCCAGCCUGCUACAGGCUGCAGCUGCCCAGGUGCAGACGUUCUACAACCUCCUGGAGAACCAUCCGGAUGACUGGGAGGCCUUCUGGAGGGUGGAGGGAGCAGUGUUCAGCAACAUCACCUACCCAGAGAGUGUGGCAUUAACGCUUACAAGGAGCUCAGAUACCGUUGUGGAUUUGAGCGUGCCGGAUAUUGACAUCAUAGAACAAGACCCUUGGGUGCCAUUCCAGCUUCGAGAGAGUCGCAGUGUCACCAAGAAGGUCUUCAGCAUCCUCGAGGAGGUCUCCAACACCAUCCUGAGCAGCAAAGUCCCUGGCGAGCCCUCCACCAUCAUCCAGGCAGGGCCUAUGAUGCUCACGCUGCAGCUGGAGAACCUGCGGGAGCCUGGGGUCAGGUUCUUCCAGACUGCCGAUGGGACAUGGUUUAAGAUACCCGAGACUGCCAUGGCUGAGAUUGCGAGGAAGUACAAUCGGGAUAUCAUCAGCAGCCAGGUUUUCAGUGUAUCUGAGAAUCCUUACUCAUGGCAUCUGAGUGCUUAUGACAUCAAGACCUCAGUCAUUGGACUUAGUUUGAAGGAUGAUGAUGGUGAGGAGCUGAUUGUCACUGAUCUCUCCUCCAAUGUUGAGAUGCUGAUCCCACGGGGAGAUGAGGGCACCAUCCGCUACGAGUCCAUGACUGCCUCCUCCACUGAGCAUCUCUACCUCCACUUCAACCUGACCGACACCCACAGCUCCCUGCACAUCGACAUCCAGGUGGCCAACCAGGAGAUGGGGGAAGACCCCCCGAAGGAGGUCUUCUUAGAGGCUGUCCUCCGUUACGGUUUCUACCCUACAUCGGAGGAGUAUGAUCUCCGGAUCACCCUGCCCAUCCCAGAGUGGGAUCUGUACUCCUCUGGCUACAAUGAAACGCUGAAUGUCACUGCCAACCCCUAUACCUGGUUCAUCCCAGAGAACAUGCUGUAUGCUGUCGGGACCUACUACCUCAGUGUUAGGCCCCUGGAUGAUUCCAAUGGGGCCAGCUCAGUGUCUAGAGGCAUCAAUGCAACACUUGGAACAGCAGACAAGGAGGUCAUCGUGGAUAUCAACAUCCAGAUCUACACAGCCAGGUGCAUGUACUGGUCCCCUGUGUAUGAACAGUGGUUCCCCUACGGUUGCGAGGUUGGAUCUCUUACCACUGCCAGUUUUACCCACUGCCUUUGUGAUCACCUCUCCUCUUUCGGUGGAAGCUUCUUUGUCCCACCAAACCGCCAAGUGUUCUUGGUUGAGGUGGAGGAGGAGCCUGAAGUGGUGGACGAUAGUGGGAGGACGUUUAUCAUUUUGUACAUCGUGGGCGGUGUUGUUGGGUUGUUCCUUGUGGCACUGGCGUGUGCAUUCAGAGCUGAUUGGCAGUUCUACAGAAAGUUAUAUGGUGACCUGGAAAUGGAAAAGUCUUGUUACAUCAUAACAAUCUUCACUGGGAUGGAUCUCAACUCGGGAACUACAGCAAAAGUAUUUCUCUGCUUGCAUGGGAAGUCGGCUACCUCUGAACCGAUAGAAAUGGCCAGUCCAAACAACACCGCCUUCAAAGGCAGUAGUGUGGACACGUUCUUUGUGACAGUGGCAGCAGAUGUGGGCAAAGUUGAGAUGAUAACCAUGUGGCAUGAUGGCCAGGGCUACAGUCCACAGUGGCACCUUAGUCGAGUUCUGGUGCAAGACUACAUAAGUGGAGACAAAGCCUACUUCCUCUGCAACCACAUCAUGAAGUCCACUAAUGAACCAGUAUCCUUCAAAGAAUCAACAGCCUCACAGCUUGUCCAUCGUCACCACCUGUUCAUGACUGCGCCAAGCUACCGACCUCUCACCAAACACUUAUCAGUGUGGAACAUGAUCGCCAGGUCCCCCGUUUCUCAGUUCAGUCAUGCCCAGCGAGUAGCCUCCUUUUUUGCACCGCUUUUUCUGUCCAUGGCAAUCGUGACCUUCCUGAGAGGGUUUCUACAGCCCAGCGAGGAAGAACCAACAGACGGAAGCAUCUCCUUGAGUCUAGACAUGACAAGUAUCAUGAUUGGAAUAGCAGCAGGGGUUGUAGUGCUUCCUGUUUACUAUCUUCUCAUAUUUGCCUUCAGUACCAUCAGACCUCGUCUGCUAAUCAAGAAAUCAGAUGAGGCAGAAACAACUCCAGAGUCACCUCCAGCUAUGCCAGCAGCGGAGAGGAAAUCCAAAGGCAGGCGUUGGAGGCCUCCAACGAAAGCAGAGGAAAUCAAAGUGGAGAUUUCUGAGACAUCAGAAAGAAGACUUGAAAAUCUUGGUGCUCUGUCAAUCCCAGAGGAAGAGAAACAUGAAAAGCAAGAGACAACCAAACAAGCCGCACUGGUUGGCAUCCCAAGAGUGCUAUCCUCUGCCAGUUUCACAUCAGAGGACUGGUCAGAUUAUGAUGAAAAUUUUGAGGAUGCCCAGAAGGACUUGCCUUAUAACAUCAACCAAAAUGCCCACUUGCCUUUGGAUGGUAAACCAAAAGGUGUCAGUUCCCCUGAUGAGAGCAUUAACCAAUAUACUAACCCUUCAUCGGGGAGUAGUGAUGAAGGAGAUUCCAGUCCCGAAACUCCAGGUCCUAGACCCCUCCAGUUUCCUUGCAAAAAAGGUGGUGGGCAUUCAAGAUGGUCCCUGUCCAGGCACAGCAAAAAAUCCACUUUAAAGGAGGCUGGCAAGGUUCCAGAGUCUCAAGGGGGUGCUCACAGAGGAGGUGGAAAUGGCCAGCAUAUGACCAGGUCUCUAAACCUGAAUUGGAAUCAAAACGCCUUGACCGAGAAAGGUUUUCCCAGCCCAGCAGGUGGCAUAAAAAAUUCUGUUAAAUUCCCUGGAACAUCAAGGAAAAUGAGGAAGGAAAGAGAACUCCCGAAGAACGUCGAGGAUAAGGGCAUCAAGGUUGUUGAUGGGGUUUUGGAAGGAGAGGAAAAGGGACUCGGACUGGGGGGAUUUUUAAUUGGGUGUGGUGAGAAAAACCUUUUGCCCUGGUGGACCUCGGUCAUCCUUUGGAUUGUAAAUUGGAUCUUGAUUGGUGGAUCUGGUGUGGCAACUGCCUUUCUGACGCUUGACUAUACAGCCAAGAAGGUCGUCAACUGGCUUGUGCCUGUUGCGAUUGGCAGUACUCUAAACCUGCUGCUCCUGCAACCCAUCCUAGCAUUCCUCAAUGCUGUAUUUCGAUCUGUCUUCCUUAAGCCAGACUGUCUCACCAGGGCAUCCACCUCAUUUGAAUCAACAGCCCCCAGCUUCCAUCACAAGUCUUCUCCAAAUGUAGAUGCUGAAAAGAAACCUGAAGCCAAAUCAUCCUGUCUGCUGAGAAGCCAUCACCUCAGAAAACUUGAAACCUCUACUCGCUCUAAAACCAGAGUGCUGAAAUCUGUCAAGAAGCAUCUUCCUGCAUGGCUAUUCCUCGCUUUAGUCAUCUACCUUGCCCAUGGAAGGAGAAGCAAUAAUGAAUACUAUGUGGCAUUAACAACGAAAAAUAUGUUGAUAAAUGGAGCAGAGCAUCGGACGCUAUCCUUUCAUCAGGUGCACAAGGUUGAUCAGUUCUGGCAGUGGGCCAGGGAGACCCUCCUCCCUGGUCUAGAGCCAGUCCUGAAUGCAGAGAGGAGCCAUCAGCAUCUGAAGCUCCUGGGUACUCCCCAGCUGAGACAACUCAGGGUGAACAAGACCUUGGCAGAUGCCUGUCGAGACACUGUCUCUGAAAAGGUCCUCUUGAGCUCCUCAGCCCUGUGCAGUUCUGCUUACUCCCCCCUCAUCGAGGACACAUCUCAGUACCUCGGCUCGUGGCAGCCCACUGACAGAGACAUCUCCCCUGCCCUUCAGCCUGUUGGCUUCCGCUUCUACACCCAAGAAGACUUGCAGAGUGCACCCUACGGUGGUAAGUAUGCUACCUACCACGGGGGAGGCUAUGCUGCUGACUUGACGGGAGGAUACGAGGGAGCAGUCCAGAUCGUGCAAACCCUGGAAGCUGGCAAGUGGAUUGACGGAUACACCCGGGCAGUCUUUGUGGAGUUCUUACUCUUUAAUGCCCAAGUGAAUUUGACAAGCAUAGUGAGGCUGGUCAUCGAAGUGCUACCAACUGGUUUUCAGGAGCCUGCUGUUCUUGUCGGAGUAGUCAGGGUUGGAGAGGAUGCUGACUGGACCAGCACCGUGUAUCUUGGCUGCAUAGGAUUGGUAGGCUUGUCUGUGUACAGCAUGAUGUUUACUGAAGCGCACUGUAUGCUGAGAUGGGGUAGGACCUACUAUACCUCUCUGAGACACCUCACUGGCUUGCUCAACUUCAUGGCUGCUGCCAUAGCUGUCGCGGUUCUGGCUUAUCAGUGGAUAGUUGCUGGCAAGGUGACAGUUUCUAAAGCUUCCUUUGGUACGUUUAUCAACACUGCAACAUUGCUGUGCUACACAUCCAUGUCAAGUGGCCUAGUUGUCUUCACGGCCAUGAUGAAAGUACUUUUUCAGCUGCACUGCAGCGAGCGGAUGACGCUCCUUCUCCAGUCCUGCGAAGCCUCAUUCCUGCAGGUUCUGAAAUCCCUGCCGGUGUUUGUAACCGUGCUGAUGGCUUUUGUUUUUGCUGGAUGGACCCUGUACAGUGGGCACAUUGACAGCUUCCGCAGCCUUCCUAAUACUGCUGUGGCCAUAAUCAAUUUCUUCCUCGGAGGCCUUCCCAUUGAGGCCAACCAACAGAAGACUUUCCCCAUCUUCUUAAUUGUACUUCUAGCAUUCGUUGGAUUCAUCAGCCUCCUGACUUUCACCGUCGUCAUCCUGCAGACCUACAAAUCGGCACGCUUCCACAAGAUCCUGUCUCACUUUGUGGACACCGGCUGCCUGACGAGAGACGUCCGCACGCUGAAAAGCCGCUUUCUUGUCCAAAGGACUCACCGCAAGAUGGAAGUGCGCAGGCACAUCGUGCUGCGACAGUCGCGGUAUCUGAGGAACCGACAGCCGGUGUUUGUGCCGACGUUGGCGAUGAGUCAAAUUGAAGAGCGUGUUGAGAGGCUGCUGCAGAGGUCUGAGGAAGAUAACGAAGUUCUCUUUGCAGAUCCGAGAGUGCUUGUCAGGACUGUUGUUCGGGAGUAUGCUCUGCUGAAAGCUCUGAAGAAGACUGGAUCAGUUGAAUAAAACACGUCACUUUUCUUUACAUGCUCACAGAAGUUCAUUAUUUGGCAUAUGUUUGGUUUGAUAGAAAUAAUGUUGGAGCCCGUGGCUAGGAGAAGUUCAGUUGGAGACCAUAUGGUAUGCCAAACAUAGUCCGAAUAAAAUAGGCACAUUGGCUUACGCUUUUUAAAAGUGAUAUCAUUGAACAAAAUGAGAUAGAGCUCGAACUUGUUUUGGUUGAAGGAAUUGAUUCUCAGCAACUUUAAAGUAAUUUUAAAAAUCCGAUAAAUAUCUACAGGAUUGUAAGAAUGCUGAGUAGAUGUUAACCUACAUACCUGUAGUUGUGCAUUUAGUUGUGCUUUGCGUAAAAGCGUAUUUUCAGGGGAUCUUAAAGUGGUAAAAGAAAUGUCUAGUGCCCUGUCUUGCCACUAACACAAUCACCUUGAGCAUCACAUAUCACGUUGGUGCAGAACAGUUACUCUGUUAUUCCAGUUUUUUCCAUGCCAUCAUGAUAUCACGCUGCCCUCUGCUGUCGCCUUCACUGCUGUGCCGUCCAAGGUAAUCAUCCUCCACUGUAUAUGAGCUACGAUUUAAAAGCAGUUUUAAGUUCCCGAGUGAGCCCAAGCGGCGAUGUGUUUGGAUGAACUGAUCGACCUAGGUAUAUACAAGAAAAGCAGAGAUAUCCCCCAGGAGGCUGACCAGAGCGAAGAGUCCCAAUCUGCAACUUCACGAACCCCCUCAUCAUGUAUUUUCUUUCCAAACACUCAGAUUCCUACCCACUUGUGAAAGCUCGAACGCUCGCUCCAAACCAGUUCCCCAGGCUGAAUAUUAUUGUGCUGACCCUUUUUCACCACACUGUAGCAGGCAGAUUCAGACAAGACCCAAUUACAUCUUUAUUUUGAUGGCCAUAAUUACACCUGUUUACACAUCUAAAGCACCUGUGUGAAAUAUUCUUAUUGAUCUUGUUUUAAGAAGGAUAAAUGGAAAGAACUUUGACUGAAAAAAGUGUGGCUGAAAGGCAUUUGAACUAAUUAAGGAAACAAGUGAUCACAAGUAUAAAGAGAUUAUGGCUUUACGGACUUCAAAGAUAAAAUUGCAGGCCGGUGUGCCAAGAGAAGAAACCUUUAACUACUGGUAAGCCAAGUUUUGGUGGACAUUUUUUACGAAAGGAUCAUUUAAAUAUUGACAGUCAGAUGCGUAAUUCAGUCGCUUGUUGAGGAAUAGCAGCUGACGUAUCUCGGUAUGUAGAACCCGAUGUUGACUCAUUUGACUCAAAGAUUGUAGGCAGUUUUGGCUAUUAUAAAUGUUUAAAAUUUGCUGUUUUCAUUCAUAUGUUAAAACUUGAAUUAAUGUUGACCAAAUUGUUUUUACAUUCAAGUGUUCUCUAUCUGUGGCAAUUUGUUAGCGGCAAAUGAUGGUUUACUUACGAUUGGAGUUACAAUAAUGCCUUGUUCUUCCCGGAGUUGUUCAAUAUGACACUUCUAAGAAUUAUUGACAGAAAGUAUGAUUCCUAUCACUGUGAAAAUGCAUACCAUGACAGUUAAUAACAUUUGUUUUGAAUAAAGUCACCUGUGUGUCAUCACCAUCAUAUAUGCUUCCUAAGCAGAUAGUGUGGCGUAGAAACGGACGAUAAGAAAUCAUGCGAGUGUUGGAGACGUAGCACAAUCGGAAAAGAAAAUUCCUUUCGGAUGUACAUGUACUUCGUUAUUUUGCGUUGAUUCCAUCUCGUCUUCUGUCAAAGAAAAUACGUGCCUCAUGUCAAAACUGGUGACAUGCAGGUGGGUGGACCGGGUGAGUUAACCACAAUAAGUGAUGGAGUCUGUACCUUUGUCCCGUUCCGUGUUUAUGAUUCCUAUCUUUUGUGGAUGUGGGCAGACUAGUAAGAGCCUUCCUCUUUCCUAUUUUUUCUAAGAUCAAGGCGUUGUCUAAAAUGAUAAAGGAAUUCUGUCCAUGUGAACAAAUUGUCACUUUCAUAAUGAGCAUUUGAGAUCUCUACAAAAUCUGUGAUGACAACUUAAAAA